GGCCUUUCUCAACAUCAGAGAAUCCACACAGGGGAGAGGCCCUAUGAAUGCAGUGAAUGUGGGAAAACCUUCAGUCGCAGUUCACACCUGCUUACCCAUCAGAGAAUCCACACAGGGGAGAGGCCCUAUGAAUGCAGUGAGUGUGGUAAAUGCUUCACUAGCAGCUCAGGCCUUUAUCAACAUCAGAGAAUCCACACAGGGGAGAGGCCCUAUGAAUGCAGUGAGUGUGGAAAAUGCUUCACUGACAGCUCAGCCCUUUCUCAACAUCAGAGAAUCCACACAGGGGAGAGGCCCUAUGAAUGCAGUGAAUGUGGGAAAACCUUCAGUCGCAGUUCACACCUGCUUACCCAUCAGAAAAUCCACACAGGGGAGAGGCCCUAUGAAUGCAGUGAAUGUGGGAAAAACUUCACUAGCAGCUCAAACCGUCUUGUCCAUCAGAGAAUCCACACAGGGGAGAGGCCCUAUGAAUGCAGUGAGUGUGGAAAAUGCUUCACUGACAGCUCAUCCCUUUCUCGACAUCAGAGAAUCCACACAGGGGAGAGGCCCUAUGAAUGCAGUGAGUGUGGGAAAACCUUCAGUCACAGCUCAAACCUUCUUACCCAUCAGAGAAUCCACACAGGGGAGAGGCCCUAUGAAUGCAGUGUGUGUGGAAAAUGCUUCACUUGCAGCUCAGGCCUUUAUCAACAUCGGAGAAUCCACACAGGAGAGAGGCCCUAUGAAUGCAGUGAGUGUGGAAAAUGCUUCACUGACAGCUCAUCCCUUUCUCAACAUCAGAGAAUCCACACAGGGGAGAGGCCCUAUGAAUGCAGUGAGUGUGGAAAAUGCUUCACUAACAGUUCAGCCCUUUCUCAACAUCAGAGAAUCCACACAGGGGAGAGGCCCUCUGAAUGCAGUGAGUGUGGGAAAACCUUUAUUACCAGCUCAGACCUUAUUAGGCAUCAGAGAAUCCACACAGGGAAGAGGCCCUAUGAAUGCAGUGAGUGCGGGAAAAACUUCACUCGCAGCUCAAGCCUUUCUAAACAU